AUGUCAUUGUCAAACACAAGUAUCACAGAAGCAAUGAUUAUUCGAGAAAAUACAAUUUCAUGUAUCGAAUAUAUAUCAACGAUUAGCGGCUUUUGCGUUGUUACCAUAAGCACACCUUUACGUUUAUUAUCGCUUGGAUAUGCUAUAGAUUAUUUUAGUAGUUCAUCAGCAGCAUGUAAAAUUCUUACAUUAAUAGUCAUGUGGGCUAGAGCACAAUAUGCCUGGUUUAUUGCUUUGGCUUGUGUUGACAGAUUUCUAUGUAGUUCAUCAUCUACGAAAUUACGUGCUUUGAGUUCUGUUCGUUUUGCAUCUUAUAGUAUUCCUUUUGCAGUUUUAAUAGUUGGUCUUACUUUUUCUCAUAUACUUUUCUAUUAUGAAAUAGCUUUUCCAAAACAACUAUGUUCUGCACUGCGACGUGUUUAUCAAACAUUUAUUGGUAUAUGGCUUUUAAUUGCAUACAGUGUUGGUCCACCAAUUAUUAUGCUCUCUUUUGGUCUUGGAACUAUUCAACAUAUUCGACAAUCGAUUCGACGCACUGGAACAAAUCCUAAUCCGCAUUUAAUCCAAAAUCAACAGCAACAACAACAACAACGACGUUCUAAAAAAACAGACCGUCAAUUAAUCCAAAUGAUGUUUGUUCAGUGUAUAGUAUUCAUCUUAACAGCAAGUCUCCCGGCUAUCCAAUACAUUUAUACAUCGGCUCGAACAAAUCUGAUUAUUGAUUAUCUUCAAGCAGCGAAAGAUAGCGCAUUUAACUAUGUUUCUGGAUUUAUUUCUCUUACAAAAUUUUUUAUGGAAUUUAAUUUGCAAGAUCAUCAUGACUUUUCUAUCAACAAUAUCAUUCCCAAAUUAGAACCAUCACUGCGUACAAUUAGACAGAGACGCUGGAGAGAAAAUCAAAGACAUAAAUUCGAUUCAAAUCAAAUAACUUUACCAUUAUCAACUACGGAUAAUAGUGAAAGUAAUUUAUCCUCAUCAACUAGCAGUCAGAAUUUCGAAGAUAAUCCAUUUAUUAGCGGUGAUGUUGAUGCAGUUGGUGUUAUUCAUGAACAACAUUUAGUGUGCGUUGGUGGUGGUUUACAGAACGAUUAUUCAUUUAAUGAAGGAGACGAUUCUUAUGAUGAUAAAUAG